UCCCGGCCUUCCUCGCGCAUCACAUCAUGCCCCGUAUCAUCGUCGUCGGCCCGAUCUAGACGCGCCAAACCUUCUGCACCGCGACUGGCAGACACGCGCUCGCUGUGCACUGAUGACGUGUUUGGACACUCGUCAGGGAACGGCCAAGCACGCGCCAGAGACAUGAUUGUUUGACGGGGAUACGGCGCCAGGUGCGCUUUGAUGAUCAAUCAUAGUCGUCAAGUCCAGCUCCCCAUCAGACGAGGCAGCCGUGUCAGCCGACCCAAGUUUACUCUCGCGUGUCCCUGGGGCUACAAACAUGCAUGGCUCCGUCAAGACAGACAUGGCCGGUGACGCCGGGCUUCGAAUGGCGGCACGGUCAGAUGACAUGGGAUAUGAAAAGCGAUGGAGCUGCCUGACCGCCGGGCCGCGCUUUCCGAGCGUGGAUCUGCGUGUCUCAGACCACGCGCUCGAUGCAAUGGAGCAACAUGCACCGUCGCUCUCAACAGGCGCGCGUGUCAACCUCAUGGGUUCGUUCUUGGUCCAUCAUCGAUCGACCGCCUCCGAGCCUUCCCCCGAUGCCAUGUUCCGACUUCGCCAUACCUACGCCCCCACAUCCAAUCGUAACGCAAAAGUCCGCCGAGGACGUCGUCGUCAAGCGGCCACCAAUAAUCACCUCUUCUCACUGCAUGAAACGCAUGUCGCAUCUGCGCGAGAGGGAGUCGUGUCCCCUCAGCAAGGCUUCUGUGACUCUCGGGAAAGCAGAUACCAUCCUUGCCAACCAUUGUCACAGCGUCUAUCCCAUCUCAACAUCUCUUCAUCCCUGCUUACCACCCUGCUUGGAGAGACGUCGUUUAGCUCAGCCUUCACACCGCUUCUGCAACAAAGGCCUCUGAUACCGUGCAGCCGCUCGGUCAUGUCGGAACACGUUAUGCUGAUGAGGAAAAACCUCUGCGUCGUUUUCCACACGUCUAGUUUCUCAACGCAGCACUGGCUUGCAAUGGCGGUGGUGUUCGUCAUUGGUCGAGGGAGCGGCUCCGAAGGGCGUUUGUGCGAGUACAGGUUGGGGUAUGGGGUCGCACUGGUUCAGGUCAGUGGACGAGUUCAGGUCUGUGAAUGAGUCUCGAGUGGCGCGCGGGUUCAGGUUUGUGGUUGAGUUAGGUCGUAUGGAAUGGUGAACCAGGCCAAUUUCGAGGUUGGUUCCAUAGUUGUAGUUGUAGUCUGAGUAGAGUUGGGGGUGCUGUGUUCCCUUCGCGACGUGAGAUCCCCAUAUCCUUUUCGAUACGUGAGAUUCCGCAGAUGCCUACUUGUGGUUCCUAUAGCGACAAUCUCAACC